AACGCGUGCAGCACGGUCGGUAUUUUUAGCAAAAAGAUAUUUUCCUUUUCUGUCAGUUUCCAAAUUAUUUAUUUUCUCUCGCUCCCGUAUUUUGGCAACUCUUCAAGUCUGUGACGGUAGAUAUUUUAAAUUUAAAUGACAUUUCCUCGAUGAAAGUUUUCAUGAGUUGUCUUUUUCUUCUGAUUUAACGGUGAUCUAAGCGAUAACAAAUAAAAAAAGAAAUAAGAGAUAUGAUGCAAAAACAUUGCCUUUUCCAGUGGCUGAGUGGUUUUUUUUGUACUGCAUUUGUGUAGGAUAAUUUUCCCGGUUCGUUAUGUUUAUUUAUUCUAAACGUGACGUGCUGAAGUGGGUAAUGAGAAAGAUGAAACGAAAGAAAAAAACAUGAAUCCGGUUAUUGAAAGCAAUUUUCGGUAUAGGCGUAGGAGUCGCCAUAGAUUACUGUUAUGGGACAACGCUGCACGAAACGUUUUGAAUGAAAGGGUGAUUGAUGGAGGCGAUACUCGCAGACGGUUUUUGUUCAGCGGAGGUUGGACGCUGGUUGCAACUGUCUUCUAUUUUCAUGAGUUCACCAACAUGCAUAAAAGUACUAAGACCGGUCUUAUUGGUCUGGCUAUAUUGAUAUGUCUUAUUGCUAUAAUUUUGAUUGCUAAUUUGGUGAGCAUUUCACCAAAGGAAGAACAGCCUGUCUGUAUAAAAUUAGAUGGAGGUAAUACAUGCCACUCUAAAGAUCCAAAUCCUUAUAGGUACUAUGGGACUAAAACGCCAUAUCGCAUAGCUACACAAAAUAAUAAUGAAUCAGAUAUUCCAUUGGAAGGAUGCACACCUAUAGUAUUUUAUAUGCUCAGUCGUCAUGCAACAAGGUAUCCUGAUGAGGAAUAUAUUGUUGAUUUAAUUAAGUUGUUGCCUGCUUUGAAAAAGAAUAUAACUGAAUCCUUUUUAGCUGGCAAAACAAAACUUUGUAUAGAAGACAUGGAAAAAAUUGAGAAAUUUGAACUAAAUAUGAAAAAAGAAGAUGACAACAGAAUAAGUGAUACUGGAGCAGUUGAAGCUGAAAAUCUAGGUCGUCGUUUGAAGCGAAAGUUUUCUUCAAUUUUAGAUGAUAAUUAUUCUCCUGAAAAAUUUUUAAUAGAAUACACCAGUAGAGAGAGGACAAAAGUCACUGCUGAAAAUUUUGCAAAAGGAUUGUUUGGUGAUGACUAUAAGAAUAUUGAUUUUGAAGGAAAAGUUAAUGAUGGCCUUUUAAAUUUUCAUAAGACUUGUAAAAAAUUGAGAAAAAAAUGUGAUGAUCCAAGUUAUGAUGUUAAAGAAAUUGACAGCUUUCAGAAUGGAGUAUUAAUGAAGAAUGUAGUUAAAAGUGUAUCAGAAAGAAUUGGAGUUCCUGUUACCAAAGAUGAUAUAAAACUACUAUAUAUAACUUGUGUUUUUGGAUAUGCACUAAAUAACAGUGAUGCUUGGUGUUCUGUAUUUUCAAAAGACGAUCUGAGAGUCCUGGAAUUCAAUGAUGAUAUUGAUGAUUAUUAUAAAGAUGCAUAUGGAAACGAUGUUAAUUAUAAACAGGCUUGUCCUAUUGCAAGAUAUAUUUUUAAUUUGUUCAAGUCUGGUGAAAAUUCAAAUGAUACUAAGGUUGUGCUGCACUUUUCCCAUGCAGGAGCAAUAAAAAAGGUGUAUGCAAUGUUUGGACUGUUCCGAGAUGAACUUCCACUCACUGCUGAUGCCUUUUGUUCAGAACAAACCAGGAAGUGGCGUUCCAGUCUCAUUGCACCAUUUAAUACCAACAUUGAACUAGUUUUGUAUCAAUGUGGAGAAGAAUAUAAAGUGGCAACUUUUCAUAAUGAGAAGCCAGUGAAAGUGAAUGGGUGUGACGAUGAAUUUUGUUCUUUCAACAAAUUUUCUGCAACUUAUGAGCCAAUGUCCAAAGCUUGUAAUGUCAGUAAAAUCUGUUGCACUUGUUGCAAAGAAUAAUUUGUAAUUUUAGAAAGUUUAAAAGUAUCAAAUGCUACGCACAAAACUGUAUCUGAACAUGCUGAUUUUUGAUGUAAUUGGUUAGUAGCCUUUUAUGACUAUUGAUUAAUUUCUAUGUCAUUGUUAUGAAUUUUUAAAAUAAUUUAUUAAGAAUUAAUUUUUGUUAAGACUACUUAAAACAAAGCUUAAUUUGUGCUGAUUUUUGAAUCAGUUGUUCAUGUACACUGCUGGAAAAAUUGAAUUUAAAAACUUUUAUAAUGUUAUUGUACAUAGUAAACUUAAAAAUAGACUACAAAAUUUAUUACUGUUUA